AAAAGGGGAAGCUGGGGCGCAAUUGUAGCGAGUGUGCCUUAAGCGGUGCGUGCAGCCUGAUUGCUGAGGUACCUUCGUAAAGAGUGGUUACCAUGGACACGUACUCGCUGCUCAGCACAGUGCCGUUGUUCGCUGACGUGAGUCAGCGCCUGCGCAGAUCCUACCACAGCCUGAAGCACGUGCACACCUCCCUGCGGCUCUGCCUGCAGCUCGCAGAGGUCUUCGUCCAGCUGGUACUUCUCUGCUCGCGGCCGCUCAUCGUACUCUGCCACUUCCCCAUACUCAUCACGGAUAGGAUUCUCCACGAUGUCCUGGCCUUCCUAAUAAGAUGUUGUCCAAUUCUUAUGUGGCCCGCAUCUGACAUACAUGAAACCGUGAGAGGUUUCGUCCUCUCCAUCACGAUUGGUCGUGUGAUCGUGUUCUUUCUGCUCAUCAUAUCGUACAUCCUAUACGUCGUGAUCGAAUGUCUUAGAGCAUCUUUAAACUUCGUCCUGUUUUUCAUCUCGCCGCUCAGGACUGAGGAAGCCGGACCGUUGCAGGGGCUGCGGUCCACGCCGCCUCCCACCGACCCGCACUCGAGCAGAAACCCGCACGGACACGCCUACAGCCCGGUCAUGGCCUCGACUUCGUCCUCGGAUCCUCCCACCGUCGUGCUGCCCGGGGCCCAGGCGGGCCCAGUCCGCGCCGGAGAGGCAGUCACUCGUCAGGAGGUUUGACUCCAAGACGGGGGCCCUGGUCCGCAGCUGUAAGAGUCGCGAGUCCUUCGUCCUCGUCAAAGACCAGUGAAGAGGGUGGUGACCAUGGAUCAGCCGCCGCAGCGCGUCGCUCGGUGGUGUACCGCCUGCGCAGGCGGCGCGCCCCGGAUGCCCUACCCAUCCACUCUCCACGGGCGGCGGCGGACCCGCAGCCGCUAAUCCCGCUGGGGACGAAGUCGGUCUCCCAGGCAAAAGCCACCGCCACCAGCGCAUCCUCGGAAACCUGCUCUGUCAGCGACAGCAGACCAGCAUCCCAGUACGACGCUACCGACGCACAGAGGAUCAUCGUAUCUACGAUCCUAGACCCCAUUACGCAAGAUUUAGAAGAUUCCUUGAAGUCCGGUCGAAGUGAGAACUGGUAUGAUGCACUUUCUUCAGAGCAUGCUCCAGCUGAGGUUGAACGUCAGGGUUUCACUAACCCAGGAAGCGUGAACGAAAUUCUGACUCAAAGGGAUACGCAAGGAGACGGUCUAGAGCAAAGCGGGAUUGAAAGCCUGCGUGUCGCUGUCCCGAAGCUGGAAGCUCCGCAGAGCUCGGACUCGUGUACUCUGGACCACUUGCAAGUAGGCGGUGCAGCCGCGGGCACAGCUCGCGGGUCGGUUUCCGCUGCGAGACCGGGGAACAUUCGCCGACGCCAUUCUUUCAUACCUCGCUUAUCACCACACAUCACCAAUCCUAGUCAACAAAGUAGCACGUCCAGCAAUGAUUGACUAUACGUGUAAAAAUGUUUGUAAUCUAGUCCUACAUGUGAUUUCUGUAAAUACUUAGUUGUUAAGAUUGAAGCUCAUAGUUGCAUUGCUUGAACAUAUAAACCUCAAGCUUGUUUCACUGUGGAAGUUUAAAAUAAAGGCAUGAUUUUAUUAUA